GCAUUCUGCGACUUUUUGCAUAUAGGGUGGCAUUCUGCGACUUUUUGCAUAUAAGGUGAAAGGAUGGGACCCAUACUUGUGGAAUAUAGGAUGGGGGAAUACAGGAUGGCGAUUUUCAUGCAUUCUUUUGUGGAAUAUAGGAUGGGGAUUUUCAUGCAUGGCGACUUUUUGCAUAUUUGGUGUCUCCAUAAGAACCCAAAUCAGGUUCUUACCAAUAACCCAGAUUGGGUUCUGAAGAAGAACCCACAGGUUCUCUUAGUAAGAAUUCGAUCUAGGUUCUCUCACUUUAAGCUACGCCACCUGAGUGAUUCUCUGUUUUUUAGAUUUUUUGGGUUUUCUGGACUGGGUUUUUGUGGGUAUGAUGAUGGCGGUGAAGGACGAGUGGGUGAUGGCGGCGAUGACGAACGACAGGGUGGUGGUGGAGUUGUUGGUCAAGCUGAAGCAGGCAUAGGCGGCGUCACCGGCUCGGAAAUCUGCGGUGGAGAACCCAGUUACGGCAUUGUUGUUGCAACCCACGAUUGGGGCAACAGAACAUGAAGAUAAGCAGAGGCAGUGGUAGAAAAUUGAGAUUUGUUUUUUCUAAAUUUAAUUGUGAUUUGAUUUUUGUAAUGAAAUUCAUAAGAUUGUAGAAAAUUUUCAUUAAUUCAUUUCAUUUGCAGGUAAUUGAAAUAUGGGUUUGUUUCAAAAUGAUCAAUUAGAAUUAUCUUGUGGUGUUAGCUGUUUGAUUUUUGAGAAAAUAAAAGAAAUAAAUGUGAACUGAUUUU